CAUAUACUUAACCUUAUUUAUAACUGUUUUUCUAAAUACUCCAUUUUACACCAUUUUCUCCCAUUUUUCCUCCUAUAUAAAACCCAGAAAACUUCUCUUAAAAACAUAAACUGAAGAAAAACAGAGCAAAACAGAGGAAAAACAAAUGGCAAUCAGAUUUACACCAAAGCUUUUUCAAAAAUUCCGCCCAUUGAGUUCAUCUUCUUCAACUCUACCCGUUUUAUCACUUAAUUUCGGGUCAAAACCCGAAUCAUUAUCCUCAAAUCAACCCGAAAAUGAAAACCCAGAUUCGGUUUUGAAUUUUAAUGAUACCCAGAAACUGUUUUCCACUUUUUCCACGAAAAAAUUGAUAAGAUCUGUAUUUAAUCUUAAUAUGGCAUCCAUGGAUCCGGUAGUGGAUAUGGGUAUUUGGAUAAUGAGAUCCAAAUUGAUUGAAGUACCCGUUUUUCGUCAGGCUAUUUUUGGGUCAGUUAAGCAUAGUUUUUAUGAACAAUUUGUUGCUGGGAAAGAUUUAAAGGAAACGAGUAAGACUGUUGAAAAGAUUUAUGAGGCUGGAUUAAGGGGAAUGCUUAACUAUGGAUUAGAACAUGCUUAUGAUAAUCUUUCAUGUGAUCAGAAUUAUGAGACUUUUCUUAAUACUAUUGAAUCUACCAAGUUUUUUCCUCCAUCUUCGAUAAGUUUUGUGAUUGUGAAGAUAAGUGCAAUUUGUCCAAUGGAAUUACUAGAGAAAAUAAGUGAUUUACUAAGAUGGGAGAAGCAAGAUCCUUCAUUUAAACUCAAUUGGAAACAAAACACCUUACCAAUCUUCUCAAAUUCAAGCCCUUUAUACCAUACACUUAAAAAACCACAACCCUUAACCCCUCAAGAAGAGCAAGAUCUUGACUUAACCCAUCAAAGAUUAACAAAACUUUGUCAAAAAUGUGUUGAUCUUAAUGUAACCCUAACAGUUGAUGCUGAAGACACUAAGAUUCAACCCGGUAUCGACUAUUUAACCUAUAUAUCAGUCAUUCAGUUCAAUAAAUUGGGUGAUCAUAUACCAAUUGUUUAUGGGACAAUUCAAGCUUACUUAAAAGAUGCAAAAGAGAGAUUGUUUUUGGCAUAUAAUGCAGCUGAAAAAAUGGGGAUACCCUUAGGGUUUAAGCUUGUUAGAGGAGCUUAUAUGUCUAUUGAAACUAAAUUGGCUAAUUCAUUAGGGUUUGAGUCUCCUAUACAUGACACAAUUCAAGAUACUCAUAAUUGUUACAAUGAAUGUGCUUCUUAUAUGCUUAAUAAGAUUGAUAAUGGGUCCGGUGCUGUCGUCCUUGCCACUCAUAAUGUUCAAUCAGGGCAAAUGGCAGCCACCAAAGCAAAAGAUUUGGGAAUAGGAAGAGAAAAUGAAAGGUUACAAUUUGCACAAUUAUAUGGAAUGUCUGAGGCACUUUCACAUGGCCUGAAAAAUGCUGGUUUUCAAGUCAGCAAAUACUUAACUUUUGGUCCUGUUGAAGAAGUCAUUCCAUACUUGUUAAGGAGAGCAGAAGAAAAUAGAGGGGUGCUAUCUUCUUCAAGUCUUGAUAGGCAACUUAUGGGGUUGGAGUUGAAGAGAAGAAUAAAGGCCGGCUUUGGACUUUGAAAUAUGAUUGAUAUAAUUAGUGCUUAAAUAAUUGUCAUGAUUGUAAAUAAAUUAAUACUUUGUGAAGUAUUAAAUUGUUUGUAAUCAUCUCAUUUACCAAAGAAAUUUAUGAUUGUAGAUAAAUAAUAAUCGUG